AUGCUCACACAUGCACGUCUUUCAACAGCGAUUUAUCGACGUUUCCCUGACGCCCCGAUAUGCCGGCCCGCAGACAGCCCGGAGAAGCGCGCCGCUGCGGCGAUGAAAGCGGCGAAAGUGACACCAGCGAUGAGUACCCGGGUCGAGAACGGAGAGAUCAUUGAUGUGCUUUUGAAGGAGUCGGCCAUGGCCGUUUUCGCGACGACACAAGUUGUGUUCGCUCUCUACGUGCACGAGGUGAUACGCGCGGUACCCGACGUUGGCAGGGUGGUGGUUCCGUUGGCGGGCAGGUAUUCCUGCACGGCCUCAGGGUGCCCUCUCGUCUUGGAAAGUGCCAAAAAGCCGGCCAACACAAAAAAAGUGGUUAUUGCGGAUGACGAGUGGGACGAGGCCACCAUCCGCGAGCAUUGCCCAAACGGCGGUUUCUUUACCACAAUGGACGACAGGUACAUGCACUUGCUACCUGAGGAGAUUGUCUCGCGAUUGCCUUUUCGCUACUUUAGGCAAAAUGGCACGUCAGAGACUCUACUGGACCAAGUGAGGGCGACGGAGGGCGAUCUGCAGAUACGCGCGGUACCCGACGUUGGCAGGGUGGUGGUUCCGUUGGCGGGCAGGUAUUCCUGCACGGCCUCAGGGUGCCCUCUCGUCUUGGAAAGUGCCAAGAAGGCGGCCAACAAAAAAAAAGUGGUUAUUGCGGAUGACGGGUGGGACGAGGCCACCAUCCGCGAGCAUUGCCCAAACGGCGGUUCCUUUACCACAAUGGACGACAGGUACAUGCAGUUGCCACCUGAGGAGAUUGUCUCGCCAUUGCCUUUUCGCUACUUUAGGCAAAAUGGCACGUCAGAGACUCUUCUGGACCAAGUGAGGGCGACGGAGGGCGAUCUGCAGGUGCAACCCUAA